AUGCCGAUAACAAGUAAAGGGUCGAGACGGAGGGCUUGGGUCCGUGGGCCCUGUGUUUUUUCAAUUCUCUGCCAACAGCAGCUGCUCCUUUAUUCCUUUUUCAUCCUUGUUCAGUCAACAACUGUUCUUGGAGCACUGGAACUUCAGCUGGAUGAAGGUCGGCCAGCAGGGACCAUUGUCGGUGACAUAAGUGCCGGGUUGCCACCUGGUGAAACUGCAACUCUUUAUUUUAUCUCUGACCAUGAGGGUACAGGUGUUGGCACUGACUUACACAUUGAUGAGACCACAGGCAUCAUUACUACUGCAAGGCGCCUGGACCGUGAGGAAAGAGACCACUAUAGCUUCAUUGCUGUGACAAUGACAGGCACCACAAUUGAGGUGUCGAUCACUAUUAAUGACAUCAACGACCAUGAGCCAGUUUUUCCCAAAAAGAAAGUUGCUCUUAAGAUCCCUGAGCAUACAGCGGUGGGGACACGUUUUUCCCUGGACCCUGCGACUGAUGCAGACAAGGAUCAGUUGACCACCCAAGGCUAUGCUAUCCGAGAGGGCAACGUGGGCCAGACAUUUAGACUCGACACUAAGAGAGGUGCCAACAAAGUGUUGUAUCUAGAUCUGGUGGUCAAUGGACAGCUGGACAGGGAGAAACGCUCAUCCUACACACUAGUCCUAGAAGCCUUUGAUGGGGGCUCACCAAAAAGGAUGGGAUCCAUGACACUGGAAGUAACAGUGACUGACAUCAAUGACCAUGCACCAGCCUUUAAUCAGAGCAGAUACCACGCUAUCAUCUCUGAAAGUCUCCCACAAGGAAGUAGUAUCUUACAGGUAUUUGCCACAGACGAAGAUGAAGGUGAUAAUGGCCUGGUGCUUUAUGAAAUCAACCGCCGUCAGAGUGAUCCCGACCGUUUCUUUGUUAUCGAUCUAAAGUCAGGGGUCAUCACCCUGAAUAGACCCUUGGACUAUGAGCUCAAGAGGGUCCAUGAACUAGUGAUCCAGGCCAGGGAUAAUGCCAGCCAGCCAGAGGUGACCAAUGCCUUUGUAACUAUCCACGUUCGUGACUUCAAUGACAACCAGCCUACAAUGACAAUCAUCUUUCUUAGUGAGGAUGGCUCUCCAAGAAUUUCUGAAGGAGCCCAGCCCGGACAGUAUGUAGCUCGGAUAUCUGUCACUGACCCAGACUAUGGGGAGUAUGCCAAUGUGAAUGUGUCGCUGGAGGGAGGCGAUGGGAAGUUUGCCCUUACAACCAAGGACAGCAUAAUUUACCUGAUAUAUGUGGACCAGGUUUUGGACAGAGAAGAGCGAGAUUCAUAUGACCUCAGGGUGAUGGCCACAGACUCUGGCACGCCUCCUCUCAGAGCAGAGUCCUCUUUUACCAUCCAGGUGACCGAUGUCAAUGACAACCCCCCUCUUUUUGACCAGCAGGCCUACAGACAAACCAUUCCAGAGGUUGUGUAUCCUGGCUCCUUUGUUCUACAAGUAACAGCCAGGGACAAAGACCAGGGCCCUAAUGGGGAUGUGCGAUAUAGCCUUCUAAAGGGCAAAAACUCUCACUCUGACUGGUUUUCAAUUGAUCCAGUUACAGGGAUCAUUACCACAGCGACCGUUCUGGACUUUGAAUCCGAACCAGCCCCUAGUGUAACUGUUGUUGCAACGGAUAGUGGACGACCGCCUCUGUCAUCCACAGCGAAGGUGGACAUUGUGCUUCAGGAUGUUAAUGAUAACACACCUGUGUUCUCGAGCAGCUUCUACAAUACUUCAAUCAAAGAAAACACGCCAGCUGGGACCUGCUUCUUAGAGGUGAGAUUAAUCCAGAAAAAAUCCUCUCUUAAGCUAUGCUAUCCACCUCAGUUUAAUUAG